AUGUCACCGUUUGGGGUCACACUGCUGACCCGGGGACACUCAGAACAGGGCCGCUGCCUCCCAGGAGCUGAAGCCCUGCAGAUAUUUGAACACAGCUCUCACGUCAUCCUUGACAUUAUCUGCUACCCCUUUGGGCACCGCACAGCACUGGCCUGCUCCAAGGCGUUCACUCCGCUGUGGCGCCCGCCUGUGAGCACUUCCUAUCCCCUAGCACAGCGCAGACUCGCCUCUGCCACUGAAUGUCUGUGUGGCCUCGGCUGUCUUGAAGCCGGCUGUGACCACAAGGUGACCUCCACCAGCGGCACCAUCACCAGCCCCAACUGGCCUGACAAGUAUCCCAGCAAGAAGGAGUGCACCUGGGCUAUCUCUAGCACCCCUGGGCACCGGGUCAAGCUGACCUUCCUGGAGAUGGACAUUGAGUCCCAGCCCGAGUGUGCCUACGACCACCUGGAGGUGUACGACGGGCGUGACGCCAAGGCCCCAGUUCUGGGCCGCUUCUGUGGGAGCAAGAAGCCCGAGCCGGUCGUGGCCACGGGCAGCCGCAUGUUCCUGCGCUUCUACUCCGACAACUCCGUCCAGCGGAAGGGCUUCCAAGCGGCCCAUUCCACAGAGUGCGGAGGCCAGGUGCGAGCCGAGGUGAAGUCCAAGGACCUUUACUCCCACGCCCAGUUUGGUGACAACAACUACCCCGGGGGGGUGGACUGCGAGUGGGUCAUCGUGGCAGAGGAAGGCUACGGUGUGGAGCUCGUGUUCCAGACCUUCGAGGUAGAAGAGGAGACGGACUGUGGCUACGACUACAUGGAGCUCUUUGAUGGCUACGACAGCACAGCCCCCAGGCUGGGGCGCUACUGUGGCUCCGGGCCCCCUGAGGAGGUGUACUCGGCGGGAGACUCUGUCCUGGUGAGGUUCCACUCCGAUGACACCAUCACCAAAAAAGGCUUCCACCUGCGCUACACCAGCACCAAGUUCCAGGACACACUGCACAGCAGGAAGUGACCGCCGCCCCCGGUCACCUGGACCGGACAGUGGGAGCACCCGUCCCCACCCCCCGAUGGUCUGGAUGAGGCCGUCCUCAGGAGGCAGGGACUUGGACUCCUUCAUGAGCCACUUCCCAGGUCCCUCCCCCGCUGGCCCUACCUGAGCAAGGGCCCAGGGCCGGGGGGCCAGCGCUUUCACUGAGACACUUGAAGUGGCCAUUCCUCUGUGGGGGCCGGCCGGUGGGGGGAGGGUCUGUCAGCGGGACCCUCCUGCCUGUCCUGCCCACCUCUGCGUGCUGGAUUGUGUAUAGCUGGUGCAUAUCUUCAUUGUAAUAUCCAUGUCCCGGCCCUUCCCCGGCCUCACUUGGUUUUAUUUUGAGCCUCCACUUCCCACUGUUUCCUGGGGCAUGCGUUUCCGUACGCAUCCCACAGGAGCACAGCGGGGAGAGGAAGGGGAAGGGUGGGGAAGGAGACAGGCCUUCUCUCAGGCCCAGUGGCUGGUCGGCCACACCAGGGCAUCCCAGCCAAUAAACCGAAAGUGUUACAGCCAG